AUGCCGCCUCAAGACUCCGUCUCGCCCCUCGGCUUGAAACCGCCGGCUAUUACUCUCGUCCGAACCGACCUAGAAUCAGAGCCGUCCAACGACUCAUCCCAUGAUUCACCAGAUGAUAGAGCGCCCGCCCACUUUACGCUACCAGCACUACAGAGUCCCAAGCGGAGCCACGUCCGGAUUGAAAGUCAAGACACCGCUGCCUUGCCUCCUUCAGAGCAAGGUGCCGAGGACCACCGUUCUCACACGAAAAGGCCUUCUUUUGCCAUCACAGCCGAGGGCAAAAACGCGACCAACACCAGCCGAAGGAGCUUGUCAGGCGAUAAUUCAGGAGAUCGGGCAAUGCGGUCAUGGCCAGAGAAAAUGGUCACCUUCGCGCAACUUUGUGCCCAAAAGAUUGCCGAGCAUAGAUAUUUCAGUUGGAUCGGGCCUAAGCUCACCUGGGGAAAACUCAAGCCUGUCUUACGAAGUGCGGUAUCUUCUUGGCUGGGCUUAGUUUUGAUUGUGAUUGUUCCAGUCGAGCGAGCUAUUGGGACAGGUUCAUUCUUCAUUCUUAUUGUUGGGUUUAUGAUGCCCCCGUACGAGCCGGUCGUCCAGACGCUGGAAAAAUAUCUCAACCUGUUCCUUUUCGCUUCUAUGUCUUGGGUCUGGGUCAUCAUCGCGAUUGCUAUUGCUGGCGCCACUCGUGGUCCGCUGGACCUCGACAAAGUAGCCAAAGCUGAAGCUAAGUGGGGUUUCUUGAAGGAAUCGAAUCCUACAAAAUAUCAACAACGGAUAAUAUUCGACGGGACAUACCUGCAAGCCAAACCAGCUGUUGUUUGUGCCGUUUUCCUUUCCGCUGGAACGGGGGCUUUGCUGUGGUGGAAACUCAGGACGUCUCCUAGUCCCGCUACUUUCCCUCUGGUUCUCUCCUGUAUAUUGAUCGACGUCAGUUUGACCACUGCUGCUUUCUACCCCACCAAUGUCUACGAUAUUGGCCUGAUCUUUUUCCUACCCAUGGCCAUUCAAGCUGGCCUCGGGACCCUUUGUUCCAUCCUCAUCUUUCCCGAAUCAGUCGGCCAUUCGUUUCAAUCCAAAUUCGGGGGUGUCUUGGACCCUUUGGCGUCCGCUAUGAAAUCAAUCGACGAACUUUUCAGCGAAGCUGAACAAACCGUCGCCGACUCCGAAGACGACGACUUUCUGUCCGCCAGAGACCUUCAGAGAGAGCGAGAGGGCUUUGCGGACAGGCUCGAAAAUUGGGCAGGCCGCUGCAAAGGCAUCAAAACCAAGCUUCUCCAAUCGCUUACCGGUCUACCCCCUCUAAGGGCCCAACAAAGGUAUCUAUCAGUGGACAUCAGCUACAGCCGUCUCUCUGGAGAAGACCUGCGAAACCUUUUCGAUCGCCUUGCACUUCUCCAAGCUCGUUCAGGAGGAAUGGCAUUCUUCUUUGACGUUAUCAUCACGAAUGCUAAACAUUCUCACUUGGAUUCGUCUGCGUGGUCUGUUCAACAGGUCGCACAAUCACGACCUGGAUCGAGAGCGACUUCUAUUAGAAACGAGUCUCUGGACGAUCGACAUGACAACAGCGAGUACGAAGUUCGAGAUGAUGAUGCUGCCACACCCGCGUUGGAGGUCGAGGACUCAGCCGAAGGCUCUCACAACCCCAAUCAUCACUCUGGGUCAAAAAGAUUCAGCAUGCCCGGCAUACUGCGACGGAGCGGCUCUCCUCAUGGAAUAUUAAACUCUCACAGAGGGAGUCAUAUGUCUCUGUUGGAUCAUUUGAGAAAGUCACAACAGCCUGUUGGCAUCUACGAAAGCACCAGGUACAUGGACAUCGAGCGCAACUUUGCCGUCGAUACUGCCCAGGUCCUUGAGCAACUCGACAUAUUGGCCCGCGGAUGUGUUCCAGUCAUCCGAGGGUGCCAAAGCGCCUUAUCAAAAGCGUCCCAAUGGAUUGUGAAUGUGAAUCAUGACCGCCACAUCAUGACAUGGGCAAGCCAACAAACUCAGAAUCACAAGAAAGGCGCACUUGAUGACGAAUUGUCGCAAGUGAUUGCAACUCUACAAGGCGCGCUGGACGACUUUCAAAUAUCUCGGUUGCAAAUUAUCCAACCUUACAAACACCUGUUUGACCCAAAUUACCCAACAGAGACCAGCCUUCGAGGCAAGAUGCAUUUUCGCGGCUUGUUUCAAAAUUUUGUUGCUCAAUAUCAUCUGAUAGAGUUUUCGACUGCUCUUCUGGAACUCUUACGGAUGAUGCAAGAUCUGGACAGAUCGCGACCUGACCGAAGAAUGUGGUUUCCUCGCGUAUCUUCCAUGCUCAGCCAUUUGCAACACAGCCAGAAGGAAAAGCAUCUUACAGAAGGAGACGAAGAAGGGCAUGACAACGAUGCUGCUUUCAAUCGUGAUGAAGACGAGCUGCUAGGAGAAGCCAAAACUCGUAAUCCCGAGUAUAAGCCUUUCGACUCUCCGUGGCUCAACCUCGUCGCAAAAGCCAUCAAAGUCCUCGACAUUUUCCAAAGCAGGAGCUCAAUGUUCGCCGUCAAGGCUGCCAUGCUGGGGGCUCUGACUACUUUGCCGAAUUUCAUUGCGUGGGUUUCAGUAUCAUGGCUCAGCCGAGUGGUGGCUUCUUCUUGGGGCUGUUUACUGGGAAUGGUUAUCUGGUACAUCAGCAGCGGACAUGGGCAAGGGAACCCCUACGGAGUAGCGGCUGCCUGUGCAGUGAUUUUUCCGAUUGCUGCUUUCUUUCGAGUGCACUUUCCAGGCCCGGUCCUGACGGCUGUCAUGUUGCCUGUGACUAUGGGACUCGUGAUAGGUUAUUCUUAUUACAAUGGAACCAUUGGUCCUCUGACUCACGCCGAAUGGGGAUGGGACGUUGCCUGGCGGCGAUUUCUUUGUGUUCUUAUCGGUAUCUCGGCUGCCUGGGUAUUUUCCUAUGUACCUCCCGUUUAUUCAGCAAAGAGAGCUAUUCGAUACUCGUACGCGCGAACGAUCGGCAUCACGGGCUCAAUUCUCUGUGAGAUAUUGUCUCAUGCAAAUGACCCUCAUUACCAUCUGAAAGAAGACGAUGAGAUUCUCAAGCAGUUGAUUGCCUGGCGUUCGAAGCUAAACAAGCUGGGAGCCAGACAUAUAAAUGCUACUCGCGAGAAAUCAUUGAGAGGCAAAUGGCCGGAAGAACGAUACAAGGCUCUUUUUGAGACACUACAAGACACACUGUCAUUACUAUCACAGCUCAACCAUGUUCUUACCCAAUUGGAUAGACCAUGGCGUAAAGCUCUACUUGACCGGACACGUCUUUCGGAUCCCAUGUUCCUCGGUGAUGUACUUGUUGUUCUGAGCAUGUGCUCAACGGCAUUAAAAGCAGGCUCGUCAUUGCCGCAAAUCACCCCAAGUCCGCUGGUAGCGCGAUUCAGAAUGGGAAAGACGAAGGGUCUCGAUCUUCCCCUAGAUCCUACUGAUCAAUCCACUGAGCUACCUGGCUUAGUGACGGUAGAUGUACUCGAGUCCGACAACUACAUGCGCUACGCCCUGGGAAUCACUACUACGUUCUCGCUUGUGUCAAGGCUGGAUAGAAUUGUGGUUAUUUGCAAGACGUAA